UCUCCUUUUCCAAGUGGUUCCCUUUCUGCGAUCAUUCUCCUUCUGCUGGGCAGGAAGAUACGAAGAGAUUGGGAGAGUGGAGCAUAAGAAAGGGAAGGGAAUUUCAGAAAUUUGGUGAGGAGCGACGGGGAGUCGAUGUCGACGCCGGCGAGGAAGCGACUGAUGCGGGAUUUCAAGAGGUUGCAGCAGGAUCCGCCGGCAGGGAUCAGCGGCGCGCCGCAUGAAAAUAACAUCAUGCUAUGGAACGCCGUGAUCUUUGGCCCCGAUGAUACCCCAUGGGACGGAGGGACGUUCAAGCUAACUUUGCAAUUUACUGAAGACUACCCCAACAAACCACCUACUGUCCGAUUUGUCUCCCGAAUGUUCCAUCCAAACAUCUAUGCAGAUGGAAGCAUUUGCUUGGACAUUUUGCAGAAUCAGUGGAGUCCCAUAUAUGAUGUUGCAGCAAUACUCACUUCUAUACAGUCACUUCUCUGUGAUCCAAACCCGAACUCACCUGCGAAUUCUGAGGCAGCUCGGAUGUUCAGCGAAAACAAACGGGAAUACAACCGGAAAGUUCGUGACAUAGUGGAGCAGAGCUGGACAGCUGAUUGAUCAUCGGAACUGGUCCUCUUUAGCAAGAAAUAUGUUUGUAUCAAGCAACUCUUUUAGCAUGACUUGCAUUCAUGCUUAAGGAUGGCGGCAUAGUGGCUAGCGUGUUGAUAUUCUGAAGCCCCUUGAGAUGCUCCUUAAAUAUUUUUCUCAUAUGCAACUAUUUUAUAGAUUGCUAAAUCAAAAUUGUCAUGCUUUUGCUUAAGGUCUAUCUUGCCUAUGCAAGUUUUAGUGAUAGAAGAUAAUUAAA